AUUUGCUGAUUUAGUCCAUUUCAAUUUACAUUCAUUAUGGCUGAUACAACGGAAACCGGUAAUGAUGCGAACUGCCUGGAGAAAUUUAAGAGUUACGUGAAGACCAGAAAAGGGACCAUUCUUGCCUCAGAAAUACUCAUCAGUUUCAUCAUCAUCAUCUUAUAUGCCUCUUCCACUUAUGGAAGCUACUCAGCAGUGGCCAUCACUGAGAUGGUCAUUGCCAUCAUCUUCUUUGGUGUUUUCAUGAUGGAAAUGGACAAGCAAUUCCUGAUGAUCAACUGGCUCUGGAGUGAUCUUUUCCGUGCUGCUAUUGGUACCGUUCUUUACAUCAUCACUUCCCUGGUCUGUGUAAUUGGUGGAACAGGGGACGGUGCCCGUAUUGCAGGGGGGGUGUUUGGCAUACUAGCUAGUAUUCUAUUUGCAUAUGAUACCUACACCAUCUACCUGGAGGUCAAGAGCACCGGGCAGCAUACAGCAGCUUCCACUGGUAACAUAGUGUAGACUUCAGAGAAACUGUACAUGGGAAAAGAAAAUCAACAAAAGAAGAGUGAAAGAAGUGGAGCCAAGUUUGGUGUUCAAAUGAUACAUUCAAUGACAGAUUUAAAACCAGAAAAGUAACAAUUGUUAGGUUCAGAGCACAGAAUUACACACUAGGGUUAAGCUUGAAAAGAACUACAGCAUUGAUAUCUGAUCA